AUGAGCUGCUCUAAUUAUUCCCGUCCGGCGUCGCGGAUCUUUGUCUUCUUAGGUCUAGCCGCAACGUUACUUCUCUUAUCUUACCAAUUAAUCCUAUAUCGAUCUACAGAGUUGGGUGUGCUGGUGAGCAAUGAAUCAAGUCCAGCACCAUCAGACCCAGCAUUAUCGCCAGCGCCAGCGCCAGCAGAGCCUGAGCCAGAACCAGAGCUAUCAUCCGAAGUGCCAGAAAAAGUCCCAGUGAUAGUGCCGCAGACAUCCACAGAGCCUAUACCAGAAGCCACCCCGAAACCGACCCCCGAACCCACGAAGGAACUGGUCUUCGCAGCCAUGGAAGCCAGCAACAUGUCCUGGGUCGACGAACACCUCCCAAAUUGGACUGCGAAAAUCUAUCGCGCAGACGCCAGCCAAGGCCUAACCGUACCAAUGAACAAAGGCAACGAAGCAAUGGUCUACCUAACCUACAUCAUCGAUCGAUACUGGUCACUCCCCGACGUAUCAAUAUUCCUCCACGGCGAACGAUACCAAUGGCACGUCGACAACCCACUCUACGACUCCGUAAUCUCAAUCCGAGAUCUCCAGGCCUCUUUCGUCCUCGAAGCCGGCUACGUAAGUCUACGCUGUGCCUGGAGUGUCGGCUGUCCCCGGGAACUCGAGCCUGCGCGCUAUCUCCGCGAAAGACCAGAUGAUAGUCAUCAUCCUGCGGCGAUGGAGUAUCCGGAUCGGUUUAUGGAACUGUUUCCGCGGGCGCAGGUGCCUGAGGAAGUGGGCGCGCCUUGCUGUAGUCAGUUUGCGUUGUCGAGGGGGAAGAUUCAUGAGCAGAGUCUUGAGCAUUAUGUGCGGUUGCAGAAGUGGUUGAUUGAUACUGAGUUGAAUUCGGGGAUCAGUGGCCGGAUCUUUGAGUAUUCGUGGCAUAGUAGGUUUGCUCCAGGCUUUCUUUGGGUUGUGACGGUUCUAACGUGUAUAGUGAUCUUUGGGAAACCGACUCAGUACUGUCUCGACCAGAAGGAGUGUUAUUGUCGGACGUAUGGGUAUUGUAAUUUGACCGACGCGGAGAUGCAAAGCCAGUGGGUGUGGCGCGGACUCAAGCUGCCUGAUGGAUGGCCAGAGCCAAAGCCAGAGCCGGAGCCAGAGCCAACGGCAGAAGACAAGCAGUCGAAGGAAUCGCCUUCAUAA